AUGGAAAUUAUUGCAUCCAAACCAUUCAUUUUAUUGAUUCUAGCCACUUCAAGCCUGUUAACAUCAAACGUCUUUUGUACUGAUGAUUUAAUGUUACCCAGUCUUCACAGCAAAGAAAAUGAUGACAAAUAUUCUGAGGUUAGAGGAGACCCCAAAGCAGAAGAGGAAAGAAGCUUCAAUUUUGAGGAAUUAAAAGAUUGGGAACCAAAAUAUGUUAAGAUGACAACACCAGCACCUCACAAAACACCACACUCAGUCAUCAAUUUGCCACUGAGAUUUGGGAGGAACAUGGAAGAACGAAGACCUGGACCAGUGAACAACUUGCCUCUGAGAUUUGGAAGAAAUAUGAGAGGGAGCAUCUUGAGAGGUGUUUCUAAUCUGCCCCAAAGGUUUGGGAGGAUGACAGCAGCCAAAAGUGUCAGGAAGACAAUGAGCGACUUAUUCCCAUGGUCCGUGGGUUCACCACCUGCCAGUGAGUUGCUUUAUUCAAUGGCUUGCCAGCCUCUAGAAGUCCAGGAUCCUGAACAAAAGUACCCAAGGAGGCUAGGAUUCAAGAAAAUAGAUGCUGCAGAACUGAAGCAGGAAAAAUAA